GCCUUUCCCGGCUCUGCACCGCCGGGGCCAUGGCCGAGCCCGAGCCGGGGCUGCUGCUCCGCUUCCAGCGGCGGUUCCUGGCGGCGCGGCCGCUCCUCUCGCUGCCCUGGCCGGAGCUGGAACAAAACCUGCGGGCUGCGCCGGACUCGUCCCUGCUCCAGGACAUCCUGCACCAGACCAUUCUCCACCCUCUGUGUGUGAAAUAUCCCCCCUCAACCAAGUACAGGAGGUGCUUUCUGACUGAGCUCAUCAAAAAGCACGAAUCCACAGCAGCUGAACCCCUGGAUGAACUGUAUGACACACUGGCAGAUGUUUUAAAAGAAGAAGAAUCUACUCAGUGUUACAAAAACUACUUACUGCCCACAGGAGACUGGGUGACCCUUUCUGAGAGCACAGCCCUGAUCUCUGGGGGGACCACGGGGCUUGUCACGUGGGACGCUGCUCUGCACCUGGCGGGGUGGGCAGGGGGGAACCCCGAGGUGUUCCGGGCCAGGACAGUCUUGGAAUUAGGAAGUGGGAUUGGCUUCACUGGAAUUGCCAUCUGCAAGACCUGCCAACCCAAGACAUACAUAUUUAGUGACUGCCACCCUCGUGUUCUCAGCCAGCUGGGAGAGAACAUCAAUCUCAACGGCUUCGAAGCCACCUGGUGUAUCCAGACAGAGCUCCAAGGGCAGGAGGUGGAAGCAAAGAACUGCCAAACCCCAAAAGUGAUUGUUGCAGAACUUGACUGGGGCUCAGUGACAGAAGAACAGCUGGGGGGUGUCCAAGCUGACGUUGUCAUCGCAGCAGAUGUGGUGUAUGAUCCAGAGAUCAUUUUAGCCCUCAUUGGGAUGCUGCAGAAACUCUCCUCCUCCAGAGCAGACAGAAAAGCUCCCGAGGUCUUCAUUGCCUUCGCAAUCCGUAACCCAGACACGUCUCACCUGUUCCAGGCUGAGCUGGAUAAAGUCGGGAUCAGGUGGCAGAUUAUUCCAGCCCACAGCAACAGUAAUUUUCUCGAUGAUGUGCAGCCAAAUGUAACUAUUCUCCAGCUAUUUAUAUAGGCUUGGCAAACAGAAUUAGAGUUUUGAGACCAACAGGAGCUGUGUCAUCCCUGCAAUAAGAUUAUCCUGAAUUCUGGAAGCUCCCACCAGAGGUGCUGGACUGUACACAGGGGCUGUUGUCAAUGGGAGUUGUUUCUUCCUGUAGUUUCCAGCAUGUCAAGCUGCUGCCCUUGAAAAAGGAGUGAACCUCAAACAAUAGAAAAAAAAAAUUAAGUUCCAAUCACACUGCACUUUAAUUCUGUAGAAGACAACAGAAUUCAAGAGUCUUUCUUUAACUGUGUUUUGACUUGUUAGUGCUGGAGGCAAACCUGCAGGAUGGCAGGAUGAGGAUCUCCCACAGACAAGGGAGCAAAAUGAUGGUUCAGAGUAAUAAAUAUUUUUAAAUAUUAAAA